UUGAAAAUAAAAAAAAAUUAAAUUAAAUGAAUAGUUAAGAUAUGGGAAGGAGGGGUGCAGCUGAUGUCCAGCCUCUUAGUUAAGAGAUGGGAUAAAAAGUGUGCAGUAAGGCCUAUGAAUAGUUAAGGGAUAAGACGGGGAUGUGGAUGGACUGAGAAAAUUCAAACCAGUGACAUCCAAGGUGCUAGGCCAACUCCUCAACCAUCUGGGCCAUGGAACGACAAUUAUAAGUUGAACGAAUAAUAAAUACUACUCCAGUAUAUAGUUAAUUCUAAAUGAGUGGGGGUUCCAAGGGUCCACCUCUGCUAUAUCGAGACUAAAAUUUAAUAGCAAUCCUUAAGUGUAGGAGUAUGUCUUUGGGAAACAUUAUUUUGAGCAGAACUUUUCAUUAGCUGAAAUAUCUGCUAGGAGUUUUUUAUAACUUUUCUUUUGCCGUUAAGAUCAUUCUUUGCUUCUCUAACUUAUUAUUUGGAGGGAAAGCAUAUUACCAACCGAGCAAGCUUUCAUGAUUGUUAGUCGAAACAUUGACCUGGUCAAAUCUUCCAUAAGACGUUUGUAUAUGACCUGACCAUAUAGACUUGUUCAAAUCUUACACUAGAAGGAGUCUCACUUGGUGUCUCUACAUAUACUCCACAUAGACAGCAAUCCCGAUCAUCAGUAUUUCAAGUCAAAAUCUCUCUCCAAAAAUGAAACCAGAUUUCUUCAAAAAUCUCCCAUCAGAAAUCAGCACAAACAUCCUUUCGAGACUCCCUCCUCGAACCAUCGCCAUUACCAAGUGUGUCUGCAAACCAUGGCUCCAUCUCCUCGCAACAGAUGACUUCCUCAAAUCCCAUCUUGCAAAAUCCGACCCCUGCCUAGCUCUCUCCACGGCAGCCGAAGACUCAACCUCAUUCGCAGUCUUCGAACUCAACCACGAUCCAAAUCUUAAUCACCACGAUCUUCGUUACAAUCGACUCACCAAGUUUGAUUUCCCUCACAGCUCAAAUAUAAUAUGCUCUGCCAACGGCUUUCUUUUUCUACAUGGUUCGGGUGAAGCUCAUUAUGUAUGCAAUCCCAUCACCCGUGAAUACACCGAGCUCCAUUGCCCUCAAGAAAUAAUCCAACCAUAUCCAAAGACAGUAAACUAUCCUGAGAUUCUCGGGGAGUCUCGCUAUGCUUAUCCAAACUUUUUGGGUUAUGGAUUUGGUGUGAGCAAAGUAAGUAACCAAUAUAAAGUGGUUCAGAUUUACGUCGACUCCGUCAUAGUUCAUGGAAACAAUGGAAGCUUUUCAGGUAGGAGGGUGAUACCUAAAGCCGAAUGCCACGUCCACACUCUAGGAACAGGGCAGUGGAGGCGCGUGGAGCCUGGUGCCCUCCUGCUCGAGUACACUUGUCGCUCCUCAUGCGUGUUCCUUAACGGUAAUCUUCACUGGGUAGCAUCGGACUGCAAUGAAAAAUUGUGGAUUUCCUGCUUUGAUCUUGAAACGGAGAGCUUCAGCUACUUGUCGACUCCUCCCAUUUUUCAAGAGAGCUUUGAGCUCGGGUCGGGUUUGUCUACUUUGGGGGAGUGCCUGUGUUUGUGUGAUCAGACAUUGGAAGAGGAGACGGUGAUUUGGGUGAUGAAGGAGUAUGGCGUCGAGGAAUCUUGGACAAAAGAGUAUACGAUGAGGUUGAACGACGGAGAUGAUAUUUAUGUUGAAGGGUGUGAGCUUGUUUACCCAAUCAAAGUUUUUGAAGAUGGUGAUAUUUUGAUGUUGGUCGAAGACACCCAACUCUUGUACUACUCCGCCAAGAAUGAGACGGUUGGAGAAGUUGGAAUCUUUGGUGCAGCUUCUGGCUCCAUUCUUUUCACUCCCAGUUUUCUCUCACUCAAAAGUUUGGGUGUUGAUACGAGUACAACUCGAGCGCAUGUUGAAGAGGUCAGGCAGGAGUUGGAAGAGUCUAUGAGCAACCAGGAGACGGAACCUGUGCUGGAUUACGAGACGCGCGACAUCGCGAGUCUGACGCCUUCGUGGUCGGUCAGGAGACGAAGGUCGUAGCACCCGCCGACCAAGUACGGAGACUUCAUGCCGCGAUAGCAGCGGGAAGGAGACACUAGUUAUUUUUUUCUUUAGAAUAAAUGAUUAUUUGAACGUUGGGUCAAUUGGGCUUUACACUCCUUUUCGGGUUUUCUUUGUCGAUUCUUUCCCAAAUCGAAUUGUCAUAUCAACCCUAGGGUCCUUAGGUCAUAAAUAGGCUUAUGUUAUCGUUUUCCCCAUUAUUGAAUAACAUAAUUCCCAGGACUUCUAUCA